AUGGAGUACAAUCCGAGCCAGAAGGCUGGCAAGAAGGCUCGCGCACGGUAUCGCUUCAAGGCCGCCAACAACGAGGAGGUUGAUGCUGAACCACGUCAGCCUGUGAAAUUUGCAGACGUGGCAGCUGCUGCCAGAUCAGCUGUGACUCGUCUCUGGUCGUGUUUGAUGGGUGAAGACAGUACGUUCGAAGUGGCCAAGGCUUUCUGGCCAAGUGAGGAGUCGCAAUCGGAUAUGUGCAAAGAGUUGACGGAGAAUAUCCUCCGCAACGUUGCCGCCCUGAAGUGGCGACUGUUGGCCAGGCUUGCUCAGCCUCCUCUGUCCUGUGUGGAGUUGGAAAAGUACAUGGAGAACGGCUCCUUUCGAAUUAGUCCGGACGAGCAAGAAGAUGAGGAAAUGGCUAGCGCACUUUCGCGCCACUGCGAGAAACUGCUUUCCAGCAAAUCCUGCUGUUUAGAUUGGAACUGGGCACGCCAAGUUCGCGAUGAAGUGCAAGCCUGCGCCCGGGAGGACAGAGAGAAAUGCUUCUCCAAGCAUGUGGCAAGUUUUCUUCGAAGCUUUAGAGGCUCUUCCCUCCAGGAGGAGACUACGCACGCGUUGCAGAGAAAGAUCGCUGCCGGAGAUGCCGGCCACGCGCGCAGAUUCCACAGCCAAGCUUCCAACUUUGUGGUGCAACGAUUGGCGCGAGCCUUCCACAGGCGUGGCGGGCGGCAAUUGAACACUGCACCGGCAGCGGUCAAGGCUGCGGCAAAAGUUGCGCGAGUGAAGAAAGUGGUCCACAAAAGGCCUCAGCAAUUUGGCUCUCCGGCGUUCUUUUAUGCUGCGCAGAUGCAGAGGCAGGGAGACCAACGAACCACGAAGGACCUGCUGCUCGCGUGGAAGCACCUGGACGAUCAGUCGAAAGCUGUUUGGAAGUCACGGCAAGUUUUACAAGCGAGGAUGAGGAGAAGGGUGGACAGGGACAGACGGCAGGCCGAUUCAAACGCGGCUGUGCUGCAGACAACCUGGCAUGUGGGCGAUCAGGCUUUCCCUCUUCGGCAGGAGUUCAUGGAUACUCUUUUGAACCCUUUCCGCUUGCGCGACUCUGGCUUGGCGAAACUUGCUGAGAUGGAUGAUGCUGAUUGCAAAGAGUAUGCAGACCGAGUUCGCUCGGGUCAGAAGUAUCACAGCAUGGAUGCUGCUCGACUUUUCUGUCAGGCUUCUCUUGCUUCAGAGCUCACUGAUGAGAUCGUUGACGGGACCUCUAUGCCGAUUAUGUCCGUGCGCUGCGAAGGCGCUGCGUGCCCGAUGAAACACCCUGGCUUGUGUGUUACCCGAGACGCAGCAAAGAUGGCUGACGUCUUCGAAUUGGUGAAAGCUUUGCCCGCGGAAGCUUGCUUACUCCGGUGCGACGCUACCAUCCCUCGAAAAGCCAAGUUCUUCGUGUUCGCGAGAGCUGUUGUAGGCCAGGGAGGGGUCGGCACGAAAAAGCCGCUUCGGAUGUUUUUUGCGUGGCUGAAAGUUCCCAACCAGUCACCUACUCGGGAGAAUCAGCUCGCAUUUCCUUGGAGCCGAUGCAAGCUACCACACGACCUCGCAUUGGAGAAAUUGCCAUUGACUGCCGAGGACCAGGAAGCCUGCCAGGUUUGGACGCAGUAUGAGUUCGCUCUUCAUCUGCUCGGUAUGGCAAAGCCCUCACAGUGGAAGUUCCAUUCCAUGUCGUACGAACAAAGGGCCCUCCAUCGAUUUGUCGUGUCAGGAAUAGACAAGGAAAUCCAGGCUAGGGCAGCCAAUGAGAAGUCCGUGCCGCAGCAAGCGCCCGCGGAGGCGGAGGAGCCCGAGGACAUUUUCUGCUCUCCGCUCCUGAAGCCGACUUUCAUCGACAUGCACAAAGCUCCGCCUGCUGGGAACGCGGUCAGAGCCGAUCAUGACAUUCACCGCUUUUCGGAUGCAGAGGAGCGCUGCUCAGAUGCAGAGGCGUCCGAGUCUGACCAUGAGGGCGCGCCCGCCCCCCGCGACGAGCCAGCUGCUGCAGUUAAUGAGGGAGUCGGUGUCGGCCACAAUGCCCACGAGCCGGCAACUGACUUUGAGAGACUUGCCCUCAUUCUCGGGGACAAGCUCCGUGGUGGCAUGUGCUGGCUAUCGGCAUCGGUUACUUCUGGUUAA